UACUUAGCUCUGCUCCUGGAUCAACUCUUACUUCAGUUUACUUGCAAGCUACACAACUGCAUCUACCAAUCCAUUUCUCUUAGCACCAUUCUACCUGGUGUCUCAUCCUCCGAUAACAGCAACAAUGUGCAGCCAACCAAAAGUGGAACUCCUCCAAGCGGAAGUCGAUGAAAAUGACCAAAGCUUCUUCCGCUUUCAGAUCGACGGUCGAUCCAUCAAAUAUGCAGAGGAUAUGUGUUUCGGCCCAUCUCUGCUCUCCCUUCUGCCAGAUUUCCCACCUGGAGAUUGGAACGAUGGGCUGAUAGCCAGAGACACAACCAACGGUCAACCGCACUUCGUGCGUACUAACCGGACUCAAUUCCCUUAUGUCAGGCAUCAGUGGCACAGAACCCAUGUCAAUUAUCAGGAUAUCGUGGUAGGAGCCAAGCUGAGAACGGGAAUAUACGAAGUUACAGGCCCACAAUUUGACACGGUUGUCGUCGCCAAGUUCGCUCGCUUCGAGUGGGAGAUCCAAUAUCUCGAGAACGAAACCAUUGCCUAUGAAUGGAUUGACGGCCAUGAUGUUGGACCCCGGUUUUUAGGCCACCUGGUUGAAGAUGAUCGGGUGAUUGGGUUCCUGAUAGAACGCAUCACAAAUGCACGGCAUGCCGGACCUAAUGAUCUUGCUGCCUGCCAGCAGACUUUGUGUAGACUACACCGACUGGGUAUCCAGCACGGCGACAUUAAUAGAUUCAAUUUUCUCAUUUGCGGAUCAAAGGCUAUUUUAAUUGACUUUGACUCGGCUCGGAAAUGUAAUGACCAGAACGCGAUCCACAGGGAGCUCGAAAACUUGCCAAGAUACCUGCAGGAUAUAUCUUGUAGGAAGGGGGGUGGUGGACUCCUUUGCACUGCACCGACUUAG